AUGGAUCCCCCUAUGAAGGAAGCGAACUUCUCUUGUCUUCCUAGUUCGGAUUCUCUGACGUCACCUGUAGGUUUGCUGCCUAACAACCCCGGGAGUUUUUCUAGUUGCAGCGACUGCGGGAAGGCAAGCAAGAGUGAAGAUACAUUUGUAGUAGGUGAGUACCGUCUCUCGUCAUGCCCUAUUUGCCUAGAGCGAUUCACACUGGAAAAUCCAGCCAUAGUUGUGAUCUGCGGGCAUGGUUUUCAUCUGCAGUGUCUAGAGGAGUGGCGGCAACGGUCGCCGCUCUGUCCUGUGUGCUCAAGGCCACUGCAGGGGGAGGGAAUACCGAUGAUGUCGGCUCGCGAUACGCGACGGCGACGGCGGUAUAGAGGUGGGAACAGCAGCAACACAAACAAGAGCGGCAGCGGCGGUCAUAUUCUGGGCAAGGAACAGAGUGGGACGGGUUCUGUGAUGAUGGAGCAAGAGCAACGGUCUAAUACCCCAGUGGAGGAAUAUUCUGUGACUGAAGAUACCCAAUCGCCUGCUAUGCGUGCAUUGAGAUUCCUUAUACGCUGGUGUUCUCGGGGCGCGGAGUAA